AUGGGUCACCUUGUGAAUCUACUUCAACUUCAAACAACUCUGUUUUUCAGCAACUCUCCCACAUGUUCAAGUAUUGCUCUCAAGCCUCACACUUUUGAAUAUCUCAAAGCAAAUGUCCUAACAUCCAAGUGUAAGGCCUUUGGAGGAGGAGAAAUGGAUGCCUUGCCACACUUGCAGACUCUUAGAAAGUUUCCAAGAGAGGAGCUUGUUGCAAAAGUUGUACUGGUCAGAUUUGACUCUACCCUUUUGCUUCGGGAACAAGGGGAGGAACACCGAUUUCAACCCAGUGCACUCUUCACCAUUAAGUAUUUGCACCAGUCUGGGGCUAAAGUAGUUCUUGUUAGUGAUUGGAGUGUUAAAACUAAUCCUAGACUGUUUGUCGCGCAGUCUGUUGCAGAGUUCUUGUCAUCUCUUCUUGAGUACAAAGUUGUUCCAGUACAAUGCAUUUCUCAAAACGUGGUAUCAAAGAGGGAAGGCUUUGAGAAAGGAGAUAUUCUUCUUCUUGAGAAUCUUUCUGAGUUUAGAGGGGAAGUUGCCAAUUGUUCAAAAUUUUCUCAAGCAUUGUCAUCAGGAGUGGAUAUUUUUGUUAAUGAUUACUUUUCCCGGUCUCAUAAGAUUCUUGCAUCCACCUGCGGAGUCGCUCGCUUCUGCUAUGCCAACUUAGCUGGUUUUCACUUUGAGGAGAGCCUAUCUCAACUUAGAAGGACUACAGAAAGCAACACAAAACCACAUGUAGCAAUUAUUGGAGGGGGUAAUCUCUUUGAUAAAGCAGCUGCUUUGCAUUCCUUAGCUUCCCGAUGUGAUGGGUUAGUCUUUGUUGGAAUGAUGUCAUUUCAAAUAAUGCAUGCCUUAGGGCUACCUGUUCCCUUGAAUUUGGUGGAACAUGGGGUACUUAAAGAAGCUCUAGAUUUAGUCCAGGUUGCACACAUUAGAAAUGUACAGAUCCUAUAUCCAAGAGACUUUUGGUGCAAGAAUGAUCAUCUUCCAAAGCAAUUGGAAAUAUUUCAUGCUCAUCGUAUUCUGGAUGGUGAGCCUGCUUUUGUUUCCUAUGUUGCAACUUGCCCAAAUCCUGAUUUCAACGAACCAGAUCAUAGAUGGAGUAUGCUGCAAAGGUCAUUAGUCGAAGCAGUUGCUGAUCUGCUUACAGCUAAUGGAAAGGUCUUUCUGCAAUCUGACAUAGAGGCUGUCUCUCUGAGAAUGAAAGAACAGUUUCAGAGAUAUGGCAAGGGUAAACUUACUGCGGUGCAUGAACAAAGUUUUGCCAUAACUAAUAGAGGGUGGCUUAAGGACAACCCAUUUGGAGUUCGAUCAGACUGGGAACAACAUGUCUUAGCUCGUGGGGACCCUAUGUACAGAUUAAUGCUUUGUAAAUCAACCACUACUGAAUAAAGUUGUUGCAGUUGCCAGUGGAAGUAAAUAGGACAUCUCACUUUGCAGUGGUCUAGGGUCCUUUCUUGGUUCUGUUUCUCCAAGCAAAUUAUCCUUCAGUGGUGAUUGAUGUGGGCUGCUGCUUUUGUGAUCUUACCAAAUUAUAAAUUGGUAGACUAGUUCCAGAUGGAUGGAAAUCUUUAUUUAUGGUGUUAUGCCAGCAACAAAUAGUGCAACUGCUCUAAAACAAAGGAUGGUGGUGGGAUGAAUGGAUACAAUGUGUAGCACAUACAGUAUCGGAAGAAUGAGAGGAACAGAAUAU